UGCUUAAAACUUGCUUAAUUUUAAAACAAAUAAAUAUAAAAUAUGAGCAAUAAGCAAAAAUAUAGACCUGAGUGGGAGACGUUGCCGGAAAAUGAAAAAUGGCUGGGCAGGAGCGCGAAUAAUAUGGAUGCGCACUGCAAAGCGUGCCAGACUGACAUUUUGAGUAGGUUGGCGUCACUGAAGCAGCACGCGGCUACACAAAAACAUAAAGAGAAUAUGAAAUUCUUUUGUGGAAAAUCAAAGAUUCAAUCGUUUUUUAAAGAGUCGGACACUCUAGCUACCUCCAUCAAGAAGGCGGAAAUUAUGUUUGCUGCAGCGAUUGCUGAACACAACAUAUCAAUGAGAGCAAUGGACCAUAUUAGCGAUGUGAUCAAGCAUGCGUUUCCCGAUAGUGCCCUUGCGCAAGGGUUUAACUGCCAAAACAGCUUCGCUUACGUACAAUGUACUGGCACCUGUAUGAAGGAGCAACUGAUCUCUAGCUGCUCUGACGAAGAAGGCUAGUAUAUAUAAUUAAAUGUAAUAUUCUGAUCUUAAGAGAAACUAACAAGACUGAACAAUGAAGUUCCUUUACUAUUUUAUUUUAAG